UGAGUCUUUCAGUAUCGCCGACGGGGUUCUUCAGUACGGUACCACCGGCUUGAUCCACCUCAACAAACGACGUCGAAUUUGACGAAUGAUCAUCCCCGUAGAUUACGUAGAUUACGCGAUACCGCGCGCGUGCAAAUGUUUCCGAUAAUCCCGCGACAAUAAUGCCGACGAUUGACGUGUCGAUCGACAAAUCGCGCGUAAAUAAAUGGCAGGGAUCGCGAUCGGCGAGAGAUAAUCGAGAUUCAACGAACAUGCGGAUACGUGUCGUUAAGUUCAAGUUCUCGGACACAAUAUGAUAAACUUCGUCGCUUGUUGCUGUCAGUGAUAAUGACUUUGAAACGAUCCCCGGUCCUUCAACGGUUUGCACUUUCUGUUAACUGAUUACGAAGAGAGGGCGAACUGGUUUAUAAAUAUAAUAUUGUGCUUCUAAAGUGUACGCUAAGUGCAAAUCACGUUCGCAGUAGUUUAACGCGCGUUUUGUAAAAAGUGUUUAAAAGUGGUGUUUUAAGUGGUGCUUUAUCCACCUAAAAACACGGCGAUAAAAUUGUUGAUAUAAUACAUCGAAAAAAAAGAGCGCUAUUACUUAAAAGGUGUUACAUAAUUAAUAUGGUAAAGUCGGGAAAGAAUUUCAAAGAGUGUUAAAUAUUUUACAAAGUUCAAGAAGAUUAAACUAAUUUACAAAAUCUACGUAAAGAUAAAACAAAUCUCCACACAGAUUUAAUUAACAUGUCGCAGAUUUCCGAGCGCUUACCGAGUUAGAUAUCCGCUAAUCCUCGCGGCAAAGUGAUCUGAGAUACAAAAUCAUCUCGCGUUUAUUCCGAUUUUAAAGACAAUUUUAUUAGGUUAACAAACAAUAAGUUUAAACGGAAGCAUUUGGAAGUAAAGGGGUAAAUCGACCAAAUAAAAAUAAAAUAAAAUGUGUUUAUCGAGUUUUGUAUUGCGUAAAAUAAUCAGCGCCUAAUAGUGCACUGAUUAAACAACGAACUCGGACUUCCGAUCAAGUGCCAUAAAUUCGUAUCAAUCGCGUGCACGUUUCUUCCAAUAAGAAACGAGCAAUCAGGUUAAGCCCAUCAUAAUGAUAGCUACUCGCCAGUUCAUUGUGCGUCACGUCGGAGGAAAUCGGUAACGGCUCAUAAAAUCGAUUUAACGUGCUGUUUGGAGGAAGCGAACAGGCAGUUAACGUUCGAACAAAGCCCCGGAACUGUCCGCACAAUCAUCACCGAAGACAACCAUUACAAAUAUGAAUAGCCUAAAUAUCGAACAUUUGUAUAAUUGCACCGCAUCGGUUCUGGAACGUAAUAUUACGUUGCUACUAAGGCUGAACCUCAGCGAGGUCCGUUAUUUCAUCGAAGAGACGUUGAACAAGUCAAGUAGGGCCGAUGUUCUGCGGCAGGGGCUCUUCGACUGCAUUCUCGUUAAUCAGGAACGGCCAUUCGAUUUGCCGUGGUGGCAAAAGCUCUUCUGGUCUUUGAUAUUCGCGGUGAUACUGUUGGUCGCAACUGGUGGCAACAUUAUCGUUAUGUGGAUCGUACUUGCUCAUCGGCGAAUGCGUACUGUAACUAAUUACUUCUUGGUAAAUCUUUCUGUUGCGGAUCUUAUGAUGUCAUUGCUCAACUGCGCCUUCAACUUUAUCUUCCUCCUCAACUCUAAUUGGCCCUUCGGAAUGGUGUAUUGCACCAUCAACAACUUUGUAGCACACGUGACCGUCGCUUCUAGCGUUUUUACUCUCGUCGUAAUUUCAUUUGACAGGUACAUGGCCAUUAUGUAUCCUCUUAAACACCAUAUGUCUCGCAAGAGGACAGUGAUUACUUUAAUUUUAAUCUGGAGCAUUUCGUCUGCCCUAGCGACCCCGUGUCUCUUAUACUCCACAACAUCAUUGCGCAGAUAUUCUAACGGAACAACCAGAAUUUCCUGUUACUUAUUGUGGCCCGAUGGCGGCUAUUUGCGUAGCAAAACAGAAUAUUGCUACAAUCUCUUAUUCCUCACUGUAACGUAUCUGGUUCCCAUGUCAGUGAUGGCUGUUUGUUACACGUGCAUGGGACGAAAGUUAUGGGGCUCGAAAUCGAUUGGUGAACUUACGCAUUACCAAAAAGAAUCGAUGAAAUCUAAACGCAAGGUGGUAAAGAUGUUCAUUAUUGUGGUGACAAUAUUUGCGGUGUGCUGGUUGCCAUAUCAGGGAUUUUUCAUCUUUGUGUAUCAUCAUCGUCAUUUUGCGGAGAGCAGUUAUGUGCAACAUGUAUAUUUAAGUUUUUACUGGCUCGCUAUGUCCAACUCUAUGGUAAAUCCGAUCAUAUAUUACUGGAUGAAUAACAGGUUUCGAGUUUACUUUGAAUUGGUAAUCUGCAAAUGCUGCUGCGUGAUAGAUCGGACGAACGUGCAAACUCAUGAAACUCAAGAAUUGGCGGGAUUUCAACGUUCAGAGCUCAUGCCAUGCAAUUCAGGUCGUUUUAAAUCCACUUCUGUCAGAUGGCGACAAAGCGUGGCCGAAAGCCAGGUACAAACCUUUAAAAUGAAUGCUCGAACAAUGUGCGAGGGGCUCCAAACUAAAGAGGACAUCGCUAUAAUCUGAAUUCUAGUUUAAUUAUACAUUACGAGAACAACACAUUACGGAUAAUAUCAUAUUAUAUCAUAAUAUUAUCAUCUUCAUGCUUUGCAACGAGCUUUAUCAUGAGCAAUUAUCAUGAGCGUAAUUCUGGUUGCACGAUUCUUAAAUGGCCAAUAAUAAUAAGUUAGUAAGCAUAACAUUCUAUCUUCUCCUUUUAAAAGAUAUUAUUUUCUUACUCUUAAAUGAGACUGAUGACAGAAUUGUAACAGAAAAAAGUUCGAUGUCAUUUAAUAUUCAAACGUAUUUAAUAUAAUAUAAUUAUACAAAUAUUCAUCUUGUAUAUUUAUGAUAACAUUCCUUACUCUCGCGAAAUUGUUAUCGCGCUAUAUUAUGACGACAAAAUUCUGUACAUACCUAUUAUGAAAUAAACAUAAUUUGUUCCCGUCAAUCAACGUUAUUUUAAUAAAAUUGAAUUUUCUUUGUAAAUAUUUGUUAGAUUUAGAAUAGAAAUAAAAGUAGACAGUAGAAAUCGAAUAAUCGGAAUUGAUCGUUCUAUAUAGCAAAUUUUUAUCUCUACGGUACACAGCAUAAAACUUAUUAGCGAUUUUCAAACGAUAUAUAAUGUAACGAUUUUGUCUCUUGCACUAGGGAUGAUGCUCGCUUUUUAAAAUACACACAUAUACGCACACAUAGGCACGUUUGUUUUAAGUUUUGAGAGAACUCGCAAAAAUCGCGUUACAUAUUAUUAUUUAAUAAUGUAUUAUUUAUCACGAAUACAAUUUCAAAUAUAUUGAAACACAAUUAACGUUAUGCAAAAAUAUUUUCAUUAACGUUUAAUAUUCCUAAUGGAUUUCAAAUAAAUCUUUUAAUUGCCUAUGUAGCAUUUUAAUUAACGGAUAUUUCAUAUAAGCUACAUUAUUUCGUCGAAGUGAAAAAGUUAUUAAGUAUAUCGUUUUUCCUUGUCAUCUUUUAUCUGCUAAAUUAUUAUUUUGUAUUGUGUCAUUCUAUAUGAAAAAUCAUUAGUGCGCGUGGAAGCUUGUUAUAAAUUUUGAAGUUUUGGUGGCGAAUUAUGUUACGCUAAAAUAUAAUGCUCGAAAACGAAAUAACAAUAUGCAUUUUAUAUAACUUUAGAAUAACUUUUUAAUUUUCUAAUAAAAUAAUAUUUAUUAUCGUUUUUGCUCAAUUCUGAGUUUAAGGUAAAUAUAUAAAACCAAAAAUA